GGUAUUAAGAAAUAUUCCCCUGUAAUCGAGAGGUUGGGAGGGACAGAGCUGCAAAAGCAGAUCCGAGACAUAACCCAACUUUGACUUCCCUUCGACUCUCAUCUCAAGGCUGGAGACAUGAGUUCCCUGCUGCAGUACUGCACGACCCUCUGUGUCAUCCUCGCACUCGGACUCUGCUAUGAUUCACAGGAGAGUCAAGAGUCUUUUGAAGACUUAUUUGUGAGUCCGUCCCGUGCCAAUUCCUUCAUCCCACCCAGAAAUGGAGGAGGCGUCAUCAACAGCCAGCCCAGGGUCAACCCCCCCAGCUACAACACCUUCAACGGCUACAACUUCAACAGGCGGAGAGUGAAGUCUCCCGCUGAGAUCCGCUCGGAGAUCUGUGAGGACUACAUCCCGUGCCGUAUCCACGCGCUGCGCUACGGCUACCAGAACGCCUACCAGACGUACUUCGGCUCCCGGCAGCCGGCGGCCGCAGCCCCUGUAGCCCCCGCCGUACCCGUCAACCCCGUCAUCAACGCCUACCGCAGAUACUGAGCUGCAGCCUUCGCUUUGAGGUCCAUUCAUACCCAACGUUUGGUCAAUUACGUGUAGAGGUGGCCAAAGUAAAAAUAGAAGUAAAAGGCAAA